GUGUGCGGUGAGUAUGGGCAUAAUGCCCAUUCCUGCCCAAAGUUGGCCCUGAAGCUCUACGCUCUUGUGAAGUGCAGCCACGCGGUGAAGGACAUCCGCUCUUUUGUGGAGGAUGCGGACAACGCGGGCGGGGUCAAGGUCACUGGCCUGCCAGGGGUGCACGGCAACGGGAAGAAGCGGAAGAGGUACAAGGGCCACUGCAGCCGGGCGCCUGCGAAGAGGUCCUGCCAAAGGGGGACUGGCCUGGGCGGGGGAAAGGCGCGGGAAAGGUGCAGGAAGCAGCGCUCCGCGGCACGCCUGAAGCGGAAACGCAAGCAGGUACAAACCCUGAAGGACCAGCGGAACUACAAGAGGAGGGUCAGGAAGCAGGAGGCCUUUGUCAUCGAUGACAAAGACGAGCUUGGUACUCUCGACUGUGCGAACCUCAGGCGGGAGAAGACGGCGUUCUCCAGGCUCUGCACCUUGGGGUGGGCGUACAGGCCUUCCUCUUGCCCAGCUUGCAAGCAGAAGGGCCUGCGCAUGGAGUUCUGCAAGGACAAGUUUUCUCCCUUGCGUUUCAAAUGCGACAGGAACAGCUGCAAGAGGCGGUGGUCACCGCUGCGCUUCACUUUCCUGCGGCAGGUGACCAUGCGGGGUGUGGGCUUGCAACAGGUCGUGGCCAUCUUGGAGGCGUACUAUGGGGUGCAUAGUGAGACUCCUGGCAAACCGCCCUCUGUGCAGAUGGUCUCCAAGAUCUUGGGCUACAAGUGGAUUGGAGGGGGCAAGCUCGUCCGCAAGGUCGUGCACGACAUCGGCCAUGCGGAGGCCAGCUACGGCAAGCACCUGCAGUCUGAGCGGAAGCUGUCUGGCAUCGUCGAGGUGGAUGCUACGUGCAUUAGCUCGUUCUGCUGGAAGGACUCCAGGUACCACUACCAGCUCUUCGUCGCCGUCCAGCGGCAGCGCCAGGAUGGGCAUGGCUUGCAGGCUUGCAUCUACCAGAUGGCCCUAGGCAAGACCAAGCAGGCGUCUGCGCCCCCAGUGGAGGAUCGGGUCAAGGCUUGCGGCGGUUUCGAGUGCAUUGACACGAAGCAGACGGACUGCAUGGUGUCAGAUGGUGCGCGGCUGUACCCAACGGUUGCGAAUUCCCUGCGGGUGCCCCAUUACCAUGUCGCUCAUGGCAAGGGCGUUUGGGUGCGGGAGGUGCGCAGGGGCAGGAAGCCGAACCUCAGCGUCCAUUCGGGGACCAUCGACAACUUCUGGACGCAGCUCAAGAACGCCAUGCCUUCCCUGAGAGUUACCACAAACCCGAAGACGCAGGAUGUCAACCCAGAGGAGAUGCGCUACGCCCACUAG